GUUCCUUCAAGGCUACAACAACAUUAAAAUAUCCUGAACAUAUGGAAAUAAUAUGUGUCUUGAGAGCUGUUGACCAGUGAUUCAUCUCUCCCUUUCUCUUCUGUUGUUGUUUUAUUACUUCCUUGUCCGAUUCAGCUCCACGCCGCUUUGACCGAGUUUCUACCUUACCUCGCAAAAAUUCUUUUUACUCUGUACUCGCCCAUCGCCACCCGCCCACAGGCUUCGCGAAGUUGUGGCCAGCGGUUAAUUCUUCUUAUCAUUUACUUCCUAUUCUCUUCUAUUAAUUAUUACUUUUAAUUUUAAAACUUCUGCUGAGCGGAUCCUUCGUCUAAUUCGAGGGCCAAAGAUUCAACUCCAACAACUAACUCAAUUUGCGGCUGGCGGUUCGAAUCUAGCCAAAACCUGGCAUUGAAUCAAUUCUAUUCCCUCUCCUUCGUUGUUGCAAAACUUUGAAAUAACCCGAUGUAUUAUUGCUGAAACGCUUAGCAAUUGCUAAUCAUUAAAUCGGAUUUCAUCAGCGGUUCAGAUAAGUAGAUUGUCAUCAUGUCAUUUUUGGUUCAAGAUGAUAUAGACAUUGGCGCUCGGGGUACAGAAACGCCAAGAUCUCCUUCAUCGCCGUUACGCUUGCAGCAAUCGGAGCCGCCCAGACCAUCGUCUCGUUCAAUUCAAUCAACUCCCGCUGCUACCAGCCUUCUGCCCUUGAAAUGUGCAUGGUGUAAUGAAUCAUUUCAGCCUACCAAAGAAAAUGCAAUUUCCCCUGCUGAGGAGCUCAGGCAACAUAUGGUGAUUGCUCACCCCGAAGUGUCCCUGGUUGAGCAAGAUGCCGCUGACGAGACUCCUCUUACUGAAUCUGGCCUCGAUGAGACUGAGCAAGCUAGUCGUCUCGAAGCAUUUUCCCGUGAAGCGGUAAUUGUGGAAAGGCGCCUUGAUGCGUUUUGGAAUAUCAAUCAUGUUCAAAAAUUCACUGACGACUACGAUGGAGAGAGUGAGGAUCUUCCUGCAUUCUGGAAAAAUACAUUUGGCGAUUUUGAACGCCCGAAGCCAUAUGAGACAGAGGCUGUGGCGAAGGGAAAUUUUCUACCAAUCACCAAGCCCGAAAUUUAUGUUGACAUUUUAAAUGACCCAGAGUCACACACGACCGAAGAGCUUUACGCCAUCACGGCAAAUACAGCCCGGGCUCUCAGGGUGUGGCAGGAUGAGUACCUAGCCAUCGACAAACUAUCGAAACGAGCCACACGGCAUUCAUUGAAAAAGGCUGCUAAUCCACGAAAGCUGGAAGAUCCGCUCGUUUUUGAAGAUAAAAAAGAAGCGAUGCUUUAUGGAUACAAACACGAUCCCCGGGAAUCAAAAAUAGGAUUCCAAGACCCAUUUGCCCAGGGAGGCUUCAAACCAACUCCAACGCAACUGAAAAGGCUGAAACUCAACGCUGCAGACCCUUUCAAUGUUGAUGGUUGGAAACCAAUUAAACUUAAUGGUGUCGAGUACAUUCCCGGAGUCCGCCCGCCGUCCAAACCAGCUCCCAGAAAGAAGCCUAUAGAAGUGGACACAGCGGAUGCGAGUGGUACAACGAAUGGUAUAGAUCGUGAAACUGAUGGCCGCCCAAAACGAAUAACCCGGUUUGGGGGCUUCAGACAUGCCUUAACUAGAGAAACCUCCCAGGUACAAACAGAGCCGUCAAGCCCCGUCUCUGCACCAACGCCUGCAAGAGCUAAACGACCCAAGUCACGCGCGACUUCAACAACCCCUCAACUACCUUUACAACCCAGUUCUCCGAAAACUAGUACACCUACCACUCGUCCAAAUCAGCCCGUUAAAUCAUUAACCGUGAAGCUGGCAACAUCCGGGAUUCCAGUUACAACGGCCACCCCCGUAACACCGACCGCUACUUCUCAUUCAAGACGAUCAAUUACUAGGGAACGUGCUUCUACACCCCUUUAUGAAGAUCCACUCCUGGACCCCAAGAACCAACUUAAGAUCCAACAGUCCAAGAAUCCAAAGCGAACAGAGGCAAUGAUCAUCCACUGGGCAAAAUUUAACCACGAAGGUCGAACCAGAAACCCAAAGCGAACCAAAGCGCAGAUUGAGGCGGAUAAAGCUGAAGCAGAAAAGCAAGGGGGCGCCUCGAAGGCCCCUCCUGGGCGAAAGAGGAGAUCUAACUCGAAGAGUGGUGGAGCCGAUAACCAAGACGCUCCCCCUAAGAAGGCCAAACGUGUUGCAAAAGGCACCCUAGCACCAGCUACGCACGAAAGGGUUGAGCCAGCAGAGCCUUACCAGAUUGUUCAACCGCAACCUGAACUUCGGCGACCUGACCUUUUGAUAAAUCCAUUAGCUGUCCCUACACAUCCCCAAGUCCGAUACAGUCCCUACGGUGGGCAGGUAUAUCAAGUAAGCUAUAACCAGGGCAACCAUCGUCAAUAGUUAAGCGAACCUUGUUUUUAACCGUUCUGGGGCAAUUUCGACAUGUCUAUAUAUGGAAGUCUAGGGGAUGGAAAACGUGGUCGGCGUGGUGGGCUUAGCAUUUUUGGCACAGAAGGCGUUGGCGGGAUUUUCGCAUUUAGAUUUUUGUGUAUCAUAUCAUAUGGAUUCCCCGGUUUAUAUGUUGUUGUUUUCUUUUCAUUUCUCUUUGCGACUUCUUAUACUUUUUCUUUUUGCUUCGGUCGGUCGGGAGUCUUUACGUGGCGAGGAUAUUGUGUUAAGUGGUGCCCAUGAUCUGUCUAUGUAAAUAGUUAUUAUUACCCCCGUUGGCUACUUCAUGUAUUCAUAGAACAGGAAAAAUUUACGAAUCUGUAUAAAUUAAUUCUUUUCAAGGAAUUACUAUUAUUGCUUCUUUCAAUGUCUUAUCUCAGAAUCGU